AUGAGUCUUUUACCUAUCAAUAUUAGAGGUGGAGGUAAUAUAGUCAAGUGGAAGAGUAUAACUCAUCUAAUUAAACCUGGUAAGGUGGAUAUUUGUUUCAUCCAAAAAACUAAACUUGUUGUUUUGGAUGAAUCUAUUGCUCCUUUGUUGUGGGGAAGUUAUGAAGUGGAGUGGUCUGAAGCUGAGCCUAUUGAUGGGGUAGGGGGUGUAGCUAUUUUAUGGAGGAAGGAUUUGCUCAAGUUGUCUUUUAGUUUUAGAGGAAUUGGCUUCGUGGGGGUUAAUGCUAAGUGGAGGGGUCAAGAGUUAUUUUUUGUGAAUAUUUAUUAUUCGUGUAAUCUGGCUCUCAAGAAGAUGUUAUGGAGGAAAUUAGUUGCUUUGAAGAAAAUUUUUGGCUCUUUUACUUGGUUCAAUAGUGCAAGCACCUCUAUAAGCAGGCGAGAUAGGUUUUUGUUGUCUGAGAAUUUGAUUGAAGAUUGGAAGAUUGUAGUUAAGUAUGUGGGAAACAGGGAUAUCUCAGACUAUUGCCCUAUUUGGCUUAAAGCGAACAUUGAAGAUUGGGGUCCUAAGCCGUUUAAAUUUAAUAAUAGUUGGCUUAAUCAUCCUGAUUUCUAA